AUGCCUCGUUUUCAAGGCCUGAUCAGGGUUGACCUUGGCCACGUCAAUGUCAUGGAGCUUCUUCCCAGCCUGUUUGAUCCGUUGCUUGUUGGCUUUGACAUCCACAAUGAACACAAUGCAAGGGCUCCCGCCCCAACACAUCUAUAGGACAAGAUGUCUCUGCAGACGAUGGCAGUCAGGGAGGAAUGCCAGUACUCCAGCGAGAAGGACGACGGCUUUCUUCACAAUGUCAGCGCAGCUGACGGUGCAGUGCAGGAUUUGCUAAGGGAAAUUACCAAAAUGGAUCACAUCAUGGACACAUCAGAUGAUGCGGGCUGCAGUUUCUCUGAAAACCUUCAAAGUGACUUCCUUCAUGAGAUGGAGACUAAAAAAUGGGAUAGGUUGAAGCUGGAGGCUGAGCAAGACCAAGACUGGCAGAGUGAACAGAAUGAGCAAGAAAUAGACCAUGAACAUCAGGAACCCCAAGUGUCCACAUCUUUGCAGUUUUCAGAGGAAAACAUCCCUGAAUUGAGCCAAGAGAACAUGUUCUUCAAGCUAAACCACUGGAAUGUAAAGAAGGAUCUACAAGUGAAAGAACUUAGAGUUGAUCACACAGACUGGAUGGAGAAAAUUAAUAAUAUUAUACAAAAAAUCAGUGUAACAGAAAACACAGUGAAGAGCUUAUUAAAUGAGGUGAUAUUACUGGAGGGCCAAAUUGAAAGGCUGGAGUCACACCAGAACCCUGACUCUGAUCAGGGGGCAAAUAUAAAGGCUGAUGCUUGUAAUGAAGCUCAUGGAUUAAAGGAGAAACUCAUUGAGAGAAUGGAGAACUUUUGCAAGGAUAUGACUCUGGGGAAUUACCAAAUGAAAGAAAGGAAAACAGACUCUUCUAGUCCUGAAGAAAAGGGUAUUGAAGAAACACAGUCACUGCUUCCUCAGUCUCCACCACUCCCUUUAGUGGAAAACACUCCUCCCCAUGUUACAAAUGCUUGGGCCCAAACAAUGUGGGAACUACGAGAGUUAUUACGGCCUUUCUUGAAUUUAGAAGUAGAAGAUUUGUUACCCUCCUAA